AUGUAUCCAGCCCAGGCGAGCGCGCCGAGGUGCGACGCAGAGAGCUGCACAUUGCCGCCGUCGGAGGCGCUCUUCCCGCCCACGACGCGCCGGGACGAGGGCGACAUCGUCUCCGUCAUAAUCCCAGCCUAUCGCGAAGACCCCGAGGAACUGAAGCUCUCUCUGAGCUGCUACACCGCGACGCAGCUUCGGGAUGAGGAGGUUCGGCGGCGGUUGGAGCUCUUCAUCAUCCUCGACGGCCACGACGAGGACCAGCCCGAGGCCUCCAACCCCACCCUCGCGGGCCUGCAGGGCAUCCUGUGGGCGGGCGCCACCAGCAAGAUCGAGGUGGUGGACACGCGGCUGUUCCGGGUGUACCGGGGGUGGUACUGCGGGGUGCCGUUUGGGCUGUACAUCAAGCGCGCGGGGCUGAAGCGCGGGAAGCGCUUCUCGCAGCUGUUUUACUACGAGAUGACGCAGGUCCGGCGGCACGCGCAGGGGUGGGAGCCGUACGCGCUGUUCCAGAGCGACAGCGACACGAGCAUGGAGCGCGGGUCGCUGAAGAAGCUCAUCGACAAGCUCGACACCGAGCCGUCGUGCGCGGCGGCCACGGGGCAGGUGCUGCCGCUGAACUUCACCGCCAACUCCGUGGUGAGCCCGUACGUGGACGCGGUGGCGGCGCAGGUGUGGGAGUACACCAUCAGCGGGAUCAUCGACAAGUCGUUUUUCGCGGCGUGCAAGAGCGUGCUGGUGAUGCCCGGGGCGUUCUCGAUCCUGCGGUACGGCACCGUCAAGGACUGCUGGCCCGCCUACAGCACCAGGACGCGCGCAGGCGACCUGAUCAGCCUCAACUGCCUGGACCUGGGCGAGGACCGGUACCUGACGACGCUGCUGCUGAUGUCGGGGCACGAGACGUCGUACGUGGAGGGCGCGGUCGCGUACACGCACGUGCCGCAGACGUGGCGGCAGCUGCUGGUGCAGCGGCGGCGGUGGUACAACAGCGCGGUGCUGAACGACGUGCUGCUGGCGCUGAACUGGAGGGUGCUGUGUCGGCUGGACUCGUGGCGGUGGCUGGUGUACGUGUUCAUGGUGUGGUCGCUGCUGUGCGGGGUGCUGCUGCAGCCGGCGAUGACGCUGGCGCUGUUCGCCACCGCGGACCUCCCCACGGACCAGAGGAUCGCGGGGUACCCGAUCCGCUACCACUCCUACAACUCGUACGGGCUGCCGUACCACUGUCCGAUCGGCGCGAUGAUCUACGUGAUCCUCGCGGCGGUGAUGGUGGUGCUGGGCGCGCUGAUGCUGCGGAACCCGCGGUUCCACGCGUCGGCGCUGAACUACGUCUUCCUGGUGGCGAUGUCGCUGAUCGGGCUCGCGGCGUACACCAGCGCGCUCUGGCUGAUGCUCUCCCGGCUGUCCUACUUUGCGCUGCUCGUCGCGGUGACCAUCCCGAGCGCGCUGCUGGUGGCCAUCUUCAUCCGGUGCCGGCCGAUGCACUGGUUCCGGGUCCUCGUCGGUGGCGUCAUGGGCGGCAUCGUGUUCCUGCCGGUGUUCAGUCUGGUCAUCCCAAUGAACGCAAUCACAAACCUGCACAAUGGGUCCUGGGGCACGCGCGAGAAGGUCAAGGACGCUGAAAGGGCACAGCGUACGAUCGAAGCGGAGGCGCGUGUCGCCGCGGAGGAGCGUCGUCUGGCGCAGGAGUUCGUCCGCCGCGAGAUGCUCCUUCGCUUCGACGUGCUCGAGCGCCAGGGAGGCUUUGACCGCAAGGCGCAGAUGGCUGGGGAGCACAAGGGGCGCAAGACGUGGGACGGCGCUGGCGGAGGCGUCAUCGCGGCGGCGGGCGCGGGCGCGAGAAGGAGAGUGUCGAUGCCGACCGACCCGAAGCCCGACGCCAUGGCGCCCCCCAACCAGCAGGAGCUCGACAGCCUCAGGGCGCGGAUAUCGGGGGUGCUGAGGAAAGUGCGGGUCCCGCAGCCGACCGGAGCCUUCCGGGUGUCGAUGGCCUCGUCCGAGGCGUUCGUCGCGAGCCUGCAGAAGCGUCGCUCGAACGUUUCGGUGCAGUCUUUGCUCUCGCCCCGGAGCAUCGCUGCUCCAGGCAGUGAUGCGAGGGCGCGGCAGGGAGGCUUGCACAGGCACGUGCUUUCCCGCGGCUCGCUGCUCGCGGGUCGCUCGGGCCUUCUGUCGCCGAUUGCAACGAAGCCGCUCCGCCGCGGCAGCGCAGCUGGCGCCCGCGGACUCGUGAGCUCGAACGGCUCGGUCGUGCGCAACGCCACGGACAAUGGCAGCACCUACGCGCCGCACAAGCUGCGUCACGGCACCAGGCACAGCACCUCGGGCCUCAGUCCCCUGACACGGGGCUACAUCAACGCAGCAGCACCGACUGACGUGAAAGGUUUCCGUCUCGAGCCGCUGCGGGAGCACGACAUCGAUCAGGACUCCGCGGAGCACUCCACGGCCGACGGAGAGGUCGAUGAGCACCGCGUUGCGUCAGCGCACUACCCUGGUGGCGGCGAGGACAGCAUCGUUGUUCCCGAGGGGCGCCCCGGCGACGUCUCCUUGACGGGCAUGCGCGCCGUCGACAUGCAGGAGUCCUGCCCCCCGGCGGAGGGCCCGGUCGAGGAGGAGGACUUCCUGGGACAGCUCGUGCAUAGUCUGCUGGAGGGUCCGGCCGAGGUCGUGCUCGCGGAGGUCGCGAUGGAGGAGGAGGAGGCCUACGAGCGAGAGUACGCCGACCACAGCGCGAACAGGGAACAUCGGCGCUUGAACGCCGUCGCCGCGAUCCCCACGGGCCCGAGCGUCGCGUCUGACAUCGAAGCCGGCUUGCCCCCCGCGGAGGCGUCCGCUGUCAGCCUGCCCGCCAGCGGAGGACUUCGCAGGCGGUCCCAGACGGGAUCGGACGCCCAGGGCGGGCCGCCCCGGGACGCGCAGCGAGCAGUGCACGCCAGGUCGCAGAGCGGCAAGUACGUCAACACGUGCAAGCGGCGUGCUCCGCGAGGAGUGACCGUGCCCGUCGGCCCCGCGCAGCCGUUCGCACCGAUCGACAAGAUCGGCUGGAUCGCGAGCGCCUUGAGUCGCAAGGACCGCAGGACGUUGGUGUUCUGGCUGUGGCUGCUGACGAUCAUCGUGCUGGGCUUCGGGUUCGCGUGCUGGCGGAUGCUGGCCGCGAAGAUCGCGGACGAGAGCGGGAAGCGCGGCGACGACUGGGACCUCACGGCGCUGGACUCGUUCACUCUCGCCAUGGUGUCGGUGUUUGGCCCGGUGCCGUACACCGUCAAGGUCGUCGUGGGCAUGGUCUGGGCCGGCAUGGGCCGGCAGAUGUGGCCGUGCUGGAUGCGGCAGGACCGCGCGCGGGACGAGGCGGAGGACGCGCCCCCGGGCCAGUGGGGCAGCUUGGUGGUGGACGUCGGGGACGUGGCCAACCGGUCGGACCUCGAGUCGGGAUACGCGCAGUCCACCCUCGCCCCAAGCACGCAGAUGGCGAUGCGCAGCGUGCACGGCGCGAGGGGGCCGUCGCUGCCCUGA